CUUUCAUUCAAUCAAUCUUGCUUGUUUUUCUUACUACUUCUUUUUGCGAGGAAGUAAAUAUUUUAUAUUGCGUAAAAGGGUUACAUUUUCGAUAAAGAAUACAAAAAUAUACCAAAGAUGCUGAGAAAUAUAUUUCGGUUUCAUGGAACAGUUAAUAAAUGUAGCAGGUUUUGCGCGGCAACUCUGCUCAGCCAGCAAAGCAUGAGGAAUUACAGUGGCCUGUCACAGAUUGUAAAAAGGAAUGGUAACAAGAAGGUUCCUAUCCUUAACUCAUGUGUCUGCCGAACUAUGUUCAUUCAGACACAGGAUACACCUAAUCCAAACAGCUUGAAGUUUCUACCGGGUGUAAAAGUAUUGGAGUCCGGACAAACUAUGGAUUUUCCUAACAUUGGAGCUGCGCAGUGCAGUCCUUUAGCAAAAAUGAUUUUCCGCAUUGAUGGUGUAAAAUCAGUUUUCUUUGGACCUGAGUUUGUGACAGUUACUAAACAAGAUGACGAUGUUGACUGGAGAAUUCUCAAACCUGAUAUAUUUGCAACCAUCAUGGACUUCUUUGCUAGCGGUUUACCAGUUAUUAUUGAUGCUAAACCUUCGGGCGAUACACAAAUAAACGAAGAUGAUGAUGAAAUAGUCCAAAUGAUAAAGGAGCUCCUAGACACUCGCAUCAGGCCUACAGUUCAGGAAGAUGGCGGUGACGUGCUGUUUGUAGAUUUCAAGGAUGGCAUACUGAGGCUUAAGAUGCAGGGCUCUUGUUCUUCAUGUCCUAGUUCCAUUGUGACCUUGAAGAAUGGGGUUCAAAACAUGAUGCAAUUCUACAUCCCAGAAGUAGUAGCCGUGGAACAAAUUGACGACGAAGGCGAUAAACUUAGCGAAAAAGUGUUUAAAGAAUUUGAACAACUGAAAACUAAAGAAAAGGCAGAACCCUCAACUUAAAUGAAAUUGCUUGUAAUCUGUAAGUAGAAAUGUGAUAUGUGUAUAUUUAUAUAAACAGUCCUGUUUUGUUUUAUUAUUUCUAUAGAAAUAAAUUCUAUGUAGAAUUC